ACCGGCCAGGUACCUGACCUAAGCUCCGGUGGUUUAGGUAAGUUGGGUGCAGGUCAGCUCGGUCCGAUGGAUUUCUCCAUGUGGUCAAACUCGAGACUCACCGCAUUCAAGAUUCUGCCAGCUUUAUUCUCUACCUACCUUUCUUGCCUGCCAUCUUACAUCAGUAUCGUCAGCAUCGCCAAUCUCAGCAACGGCCGACAAGAUGGGCCGCAAGCCCAAUGCCUUGAUCCUCGAGUUCUUUGAACGCGGAGCCAAGCUGAACGACAAUAGCAAUAGAUACCGCCAUCGUUGCAAGGCCUGUGGCGAGGACUUCCCCAAGGGUCGCAUCGACAGCUUGACAGCUCACUUGACUAAGAAAUGCCCAGCUAUUUCCGAGACCGAUAGGAUCAAUGCUUGCCUUGCCCUUCACGGCUUCAACAAUGCGUCUAGUCGCCACGGAUUUGACGGUCUUGUGCACUCGAGUCCCAACACUGGUCCCACCGCCGCUGUUGUUCCCAUGCCGGGUCCUACUGCUGCCGGUCCUGCUGCCGGUUCUGCCACCAACUCCCCCAUCGCUCAGGCCCAGAAUCCGAUCUGGACUCCUCUCGAGACAUUAGCCGAAGUCUCCCGCCAGAUCGAGGCCAACGAGAAGCAUGAAGACCCAAUGCCCCCUGUACACGAGUCUGUAGACGAGACUAUGCAGACAAGUCUAGCUACUCCUGGUCCCGUCACUACCAAUGCAACCCCGUCCGAACUCCACGAGCAGUUCACUCUGGAACACCCGCCCAUGAACACAGAAAAUGCCCCUCAGGAUGUUGACACGCCGCAGAACUCUCCCCAGAAGCUCACUGCAGAAGAGAGGUUGCAACGAUUGUUGCAACAUGCAGGCCCCGCCAUCCCCGGGCAGUCUGCGCUAUCUGUUGCUGCUGCUGCUGCGGCUCGCCUGAAUCCGUCUCUUCUCGAUCCGCAGCUUGAUGACGAGCCGAUCACUGAGCCUGCUUCUCAGUCCCAACCCCAGCCUCAGCCCGAUUCAACCGACAUGAUGGUUGACUAUCCUUCGCCUAAACCACCUGUGCCGGCCGAGCCUGCUACACCCUGGGAUAGCAUGGCAUAUAUUCAGGACGGCAUUUAUGCACCUGCAACCGUCAACAGCCACAGUCAGCACUCUGCCCCAGUAUUAAACAAGGGUGGCUUUCGUAUGGACACAAGCAAUGGUCCCAACGGCCCACGACACCGCCAUGGCCGGGCAAGAUUUGAUUCCAGCAGACGAAAGGAGGUUCAAGAGGUUCGACGCAUUGGAGCCUGCAUCCGAUGUCGCAUUCUACGAAAGACAUGCUCUAAGGGCACUCCGUGUGAUACUUGCAAGAAGGUGUUAUCCCCUCGUGUCUGGCGUACCGGGUGUGUCCGGACAAAACUCUCUGAGUACAUCGAUCUCUACUCGGCUGGCGUUCAGGUAGUCAUGGCCCAGAAAAGGAUAAAUAACUACAAGACUACUCAUCGGCUUAAGAACACAGGGAUCCUGGUAGAGGCCUCCCACUUUCCCGAUACUGCCUUUAAGGUUGUCUUCGAAGUCGUGCAAGGAGCUCCCAAAGAGGUGGAGAACGAUCUCCCUAACGACAGCAAUAAUAAUGGCCCUCAAAAUCCGGGGCCGGUGAUCUUACUCGAUAACAACAAGGAGGAUAUCCCUAGCAAAGUUGAGCAGUACAUGCGCCAAGUGCUCCCUGAAUUGAUCCGACGUGAACCAUCCCACUAUGUUCGCCUUACCUUAGAGGUGGCUGUCUCUGUGGUUAAGGACAACAAUGACGAGCUGCUCCAGAGGUCUCUAGAACUUUGGGGAAUUGUUGAGAUGAUGGACCGAGAGCGCCAGUGGACUAUGCUUGCGAAGUCCCCCGAAGAAGGUGUUAAAGACUACUGGAUUAGCGAUGAGUCUGACAGCGAAGCCUACACCAAUAUAUGCAUGCAGCUCACUGCUGCUGCGGAGCGUAAAGCCUCCACUGCCAGCAAGAACCUACUGAACGGCAUCCAGCGCAAUCUACAAGAUGGGAAGACAAAGCUCGGAUUUCCCAUGUUUCUCACUGUCAUGCUUUUCCUCAACUGUAUGGAGAAGACAACAUGGGCGUUCAAAGCGUGGGACGAGGAGAACCUUCGUCCGAAAUGGCCGUUGGAGAAGCCACCGAGCAACUUCACGAACCAAGGACAAGGGUUGACAGAGCUUUUGAGGAUGCUGCUUGUCAUCCGACACAUCCUUCCUAAAACAACAGCUGCGCACCCAGAUGCUCCGAUUGUGGCCGACGAGGAUGACCCUACGAUCCAGGACUAUUUCCGACAUCUCAACAUAACGCCUGCUUAUUUGCGUGCGCGCCACGAACAAAAUAAUUUUCAACCAACCGACUCACGGUCGCUGGAAUUCUUAUUCUGUGCACCUCUCCUGCUUAAUUAAGAGUUCUGUCUGCUUUACACCCACAACCUUACAUAACAUACCACAUCCCUCCAGGAUGCUUGUAUAAACUCCUGGGGGCUUACGAGCCAGCUCUAGGCUGUUCUCUUAAAAAAACGGACCCGCAACCCCUUCCCAGUACUACUCUGAGAUGGUGUUUACCUCCGCUCCUCCGGCCAGAGGAGCAAGUAUAAAGAUCGGCCAGAAGUACAAACAUGGGCAUGAUUUACGAUAUAGAUAUUAUACGAAUGACGAUAACAAGACUAAUAUGGUGUACUCCUGAUACUCCGACCCCCCGAUCACUGGUCAUACAUGCAUCGGGGUUUCUCUUCUUUCCAGCAUCGUCAGACAAGAACGGAUAGAGAAAAGAAAGCUGCGUUGCAAGAACAGAUGUCUCACGACACAAACAGAGAAAUACGAAAAAGGAAAGAAAAAAACAGACAGUACGGUAGUCAAGAGACGGGAUGAAUGAACGGAUGAAGGAGAAGUCAUCUCUCUUUUUUCCACUUCGAAUUAGUUCAAAAACGGAAGGGAACAGGUCAGAAGAACCCUGGCACGCAUAUCUCUCUGCUCUUGUCUUAUAGAUGUUGAAAAAUAUACCCCAAUCCCCCUUUCGUGUAGACUAUAUACAACACAACACAAAAUGUCAUCAAAGUAACUUGAUUAACCAGGCUGGUUGAACCCUAGUUCCUCCUC